AUGCGAUAUUAUAGAAAACUCAGGUUUGGAGUGCCCUCCCAGAGGAGAUCUUGGCCAGUAUGUACGGUGAUCCCUAUUCUUCUUGGAGUGGUGGCAAUCUUGGGAGUAACUAUUGGUCUCCUUGUUCAUUUCCUGGCAGUUGGAAAGAUUUACCAUUACCAAGGUGAUUUUCUUAUUUCUGGAGUCACAUACAAUGAUAGUUGUGAAAAUGCACCUUCACAAAUUAGUACAGAUCUGAGCAAAGAUAUUGAGACUAAGAUGUUGGACCGAUUUCAAAAUUCUAGUAUAUACAAAGAAUAUAUCAACUCUCAGGUCAUCAAACUUCUCCCUCAUCCCAAUGGUUCCAGUGUACAGUUGCAGCUGACAUUCAAGUUUCCUCCAGCAAAGAGGGGCAUCAUGAAGACUGAAAUCAAAGCUGUCUUACUUCAGAUGUUGAAAGACAACACGGUGUCCUGGAAUGCGGUUCCAUCUUCCAUUAAACUUAUGGAAAUCAGCAAGGCUAAUGCUGAAAUGCUUACCAACAAAUGUUGUGGGAGACAACUGUUCAACAGUAUCAGAGCAGGCAACCGAAUCGUGAAUGGAAAAAAUGCCCAGAUGGGGGCAUGGCCGUGGCAGGCCAGCAUGCAGUGGCAGGGCAAACACCACUGCGGAGCGUCUCUGAUCAGCAGCAGGUGGUUACUAUCUGCAGCUCACUGCUUUGCUAACAAAACGAAUUCAGAAGAUUGGACUGUCAACUUCGGAACUGUAGUAAAUAAACCAUAUAUGACAGGGAAAGUCCAAAACAUUAUUUCUCAUGAAAAUUUUAGCAGUCCUGGGGUUCAUGAUGACAUUGCCCUUGUGCAGCUUGCCAAGGAAGUCUCUUUUUCAAAGUACAUUCGUAGAAUUUGUCUUCCUGAUGCCAAAAUGAAGCUCUCAGAAAAUGACAGUGUUGUAGUUACAGGAUGGGGAGCCCUUUAUAUGAACGGUCCCCUUCCAAGUGUCCUUCAAGAGGCCUUUGUGAAGAUUAUCGGUAACGAAGUCUGCAACGCGCCUAAUGCAUUAUCUGGCUUAGUGACUGAUAACAUGCUAUGCGCCGGAUUUAUGUCAGGAAACGCUGAUGCCUGUCAGAAUGAUUCUGGUGGACCACUAGUUUACCCUGACUCUAGAAAGAUCUGGCACCUUGUUGGAAUAGUAAGCUGGGGCGAUGGAUGCGCUAAAAAGAAUAAGCCAGGUGUCUACACCCGAGUGACUGCGUAUCGUGAUUGGAUUACCUCCAAGACUGGACUCUGA